AUGAAGGCUGCCGGCAAUGCGCACAUUGGGCGUAGGAGUAACGCGAUUCGGGGCCAACGGAGCUGCGUCGCAGCGCCAGGCGGAAUAAGCGGCGGUCGUAACGGCUGCCUGGGCGUAGCAUCGUCAUCACCCCCGUGUCUCCCCGCGUGUCUCCCCCCCGCGUGUCGUCUGCCAGGAGCGAGUCCUCUGCGGGGUGAUGAGUGCCUGCGUCUCGGCGUGUCCCCCGGCUGUCACCUGUCCCAGGACGCGCGUCUCCUCUCCUCGGCUGACGCGGUGGUGUUCCUGCACAGACACGUGCGUCGUGACCUGGCCAACCUCCCACACCGGUACGUCUCUCUCUCACACACACACAGACACGAAACGGCCUACGGGCCAGAUCUGGGUGUGGGGCUGCAUGGAGCCCCCUCCCUACGCUCACCUGCCCAGAGUAAGAGCGAGCUGGUGGCCUGGGUCGUGUCCCACCGGGGCGCCGCCUCCGGCCGCGACGGCUACCAUCGCGAGCUGGCACGGCACCUUCGCGUGGCCGUGUACGGCCGCGGCACGGCACGCACGGCCCUGCCGCCGGCCCCGGCACGCACGGCCCCGGCACGCACGGCCCCGGCACGCACGGCCCCGGCACGCACGGCCCCGGCACGCACGGCCCCGGCACGCACGGCCCCGGCACGCACGGCCGUGCCCCCGGGCGAUCCGCGGGCGGUCCUCUCGCGCUACCUCUUCUACCUGGCCUUCGAGAACUCCCGCUCGCGCCACUACGUCAGCGAGAAGCUGUGGGCCAACGCCCUCGGCUCGGCCGCCGUCCCCGUCGCGCUGGGCCCCCCUCGGGCCGACUACGAGCGGGCGCUGCCGCCCGGCGCCUUCCUGCACGUGGACGACUUCGCGUCGCCCCUCGAGCUGGCGCUGCGCCUGCGGGCGCUGGCGGCCGACGGGGCGGCGUACGGGCGCAUGCACGCCUGGCGGCGGCGCUACCGGGCGCGGAGCGCUCGCGGCUGGGACGAGCGGCUGUGCGCCGUCUGCCGGAGGCUCCGGCGGGGCGGGGGAGCGGCGGAGGGCGCGGCGCCGAGGGGGGACCUGGCGGAGUGGUUCGCGGGGGGGGGUUGA